UGCAUUAUCAUCCCUACGCGCGCGCACGCGUGUGUGUGUGUGAGAGAGAGAGAGGGACGCAGGCUAAUCUCAAUCUCUCCCUCCCAGACACGUCUCUGUCCACGGGAAACACUCAUGACCGGGCGGAUUUAACCCCGGAGGACACCCGGCGAUCCCCGCAGGCCCGAUUGCAGAUCUCCGCCCCCCCUCUCCCUCCCUCCCCCCACUGGGCUGUUGCCAUGGAGAGCUCAUCAGUAGCAUCAGCGUCGUCAGAGGCGGGAAGCACGCGCUCGCAGGAGAUCGAGGAGCUGGAGCGCUUCAUCGACAGCUACGUGCUGGAGUACCAGGUGCAAGGACUCCUGAGCGACAAAAAUGAAACAGACCAGGAUGUGGACAAGACACCGUCCCACACCUCACAGUGGACAGAAGACUGCAGUGAUAAGAUUGACGGGAGCUGGUCGUCCUCACGGGGCAGGGGCUCGUCCAAACCACGUCUCUCUCAGGAUGAGUGGGAGCACAGCAGUAAUGGCAGCACCGGUUCUAGACCCAGUUCUGGUUCUAGAUCGGGCAGCAGAGGACGAAACAACCAGUUCAGUGCCCCAGCGAAGAAUGGAAACAGAGACUGUUCUUUCGAUGUUCUGGGGACGGACAUUUGGGCUGCAAACCUGGACAGUCAUGGAGGUGCUACGUGGGACAUGCAGCCGGAGAAACUGGAUUUGUCACAGUUUCACAGGAGGCCAUACAGAGGGACACCGAAACACCUGCCGCACAUCGACCGAGAGGGGAUGAUAAAGGGCAAAUUUGACGACGAUGAUGGUAUUGACCUGGACAACAUGGAGAAAUUCCUGCCCAGCCUUCCGGGUUUUCCUCCUCUGCCUAAUGAAGCUGAGAUCGCACACACAAAAAAACUGUUUCGUCGCCGCAGGAAUGACCGCCGGAGACAACAGCGCCUUCCUGGAGGAGGAGGAGGAGGAGGAGGAGGGGCUCCCCUGAAAUCCCAGAAUCCUCUGCAGCAGCAGGGAUUGCAGCAGCAACAGCAGCCCAAUCAGAUGCAGCAGCCCAACGCAGACCACCAAUCAGGUGCUGGCACUAAGUUUGGGGGGCGGGGUUACCAGGGCCAGCAGAACCUGGGCGGGUGGCAGGGCGGCCCACAUCACGGCUACAGCCAGAACCGGCGCUGGCAUCAGCAUCCCAAACACCAGACGAACAGUUUUAAUCAGGGGCCCUCGGGGGCCGACAGGGGUCUAACACGCAAUACCAAAGAGCCAGAGAUUGUAAAACACGGGGAGCCGGAGCCCCACGUGGAGAAAGGAGCGAAGGAUGAGCCUGCGAAAGAGGAGAGAAAGAAAGGAGACAAGGAGGAGAAGACAGAGAGCGGGAAGAUCUGCUUACUGCAGUCGUCUAAAGAGAGACUGAGGAGGAGAUUGAAAGAGAAGGAGGAUGUUCCCGUGGCGACGGCCGGGCCACAGAGGAACCGAAUGGACAGACUGUUAGAGAUCCUGAACAGCUUGAGGAACAACAGCAGCGGCGUGGAGAACCAGCUCACCACGUUCAUGGAGGAGGCGCAGAACUCGGCCGAUUCGGAGGAGACGCUGAACCAGAUUGUCCACACUAUUUACCGCAAGGCAGUCAGCGACCGAAGUUUUGCGGCAACGGCAGCCAAACUCUGUGACAAGAUGGCUCUGUUCAUGGUGGAAGGAACCAAAUUCCGCUCUCUGUUACUCAACAUGUUACAGAGGGACUUCACGCGGCGCGAGGAGCUGCAGCAGACGGAUGUGGAGUGCUGGCUGGGCUUCAUCACGUUUCUGUGUGAAGUGUUCGGCACCAUGAGGAGCAGCGCUGGAGAGCCGUUCAGGGUGCUGGUCUGCCCCAUAUACUCCUGUCUGAGAGAGCUGCUGGAGUCUCCGGAGGUGAAGGAGGACGCGGUGCUCUGCUGUUCGAUGGAGCUCCAGAGCACCGGCCGGUUAUUGGAGGAGCAGCUUCCUGAAAUGAUGACGGAGCUGCUGGCGGCCGUGCGGGAUAAGAUGCUGUGUCCGUCUGAGUCUCAGCUGACACGCUCGCUCCUGAUGGAGGUCAUCGAGCUCCACGCUCACCGCUGGAGCCCGCUGGAGGCGCUGACCACCGCCUACUACAACAGAACCAUCCAGAAACUCACCGCGUGACGCACACGCACCGCUGGAGGCCCUGACCACUGCGACCCACAACACAACCAUCCAGAGAUGCAAACCAACCACAGAGGCCACGGACACACUACAACACACACAAGCUUUCUAUAGUAGGAGGAAAGAAUCGGACAUGGACGGAUGAGGCAUGAGGCAUUAUGGGAUAUGGGGCUGGGUCAGAGGUCAGAGGGUAAAAUAUGCAGAUUGAAAUUAAUAUGAUUAUGUUCACAUUUCACAUCUGCAUAUUCAUGAGGUGAGCCAGACGUGCAGAAGUGAUACCAGACAGUCAUUAGACGCAUACGUUCAGACGCCAGUCACUGUCUGUCAUGCUUUCAGACCAAACCUCCACAGAAAGACAGAAGAAAAUCAAAAGAAAAAAGAAUAUUUUGCAGUAAAAUGAAGCCUAUUUUUAAUCAGUUUUUUUUUCAUUUGCGAUUAUUUUCACAGCUAUGCACAUUCCACCACCCCCACCCCCAAUUUUUUUCUUUAUGAUGCAAAAAUACAAUUUAAUUAAUAAAUCAUUAUAUUUUGCAUAAUGAUAAUUUUAAGAAAUCACUUUUAGGUUUUUAGAUUUUUUGCAUUAUUUUUAUCACAGUUAAGCACAUUUCCACCUCAAAAUCUAUCAUGAUGCAUACAUUAUUUUAUUACUUCAAUUACAAUUAAAUUAAUACUUUAUUAUUUUGCAUGAACGCUCAUUUUCAGAAUGAAAUUAGUUUAAUUUAGUUUUGUUCCUCACAAUUAAGCACAUCCUCAUUCCCCAAAAUUUAGCAUGAUGCAUAAAUACUUUACAUUUUAAUUAAUUAAUGAAUAAAUAUUUUCGCAUUCGAGUAAUGAUGAUAAUUUUGAGAAUUAAAUCAUUUUUAUUAAAAGUUUUAAAUUUAACUCAAAUUUGUUUUUUCACAACUAUUUUAAUAAGCACCAAAAAAAAGCAUCAUAAAUGUUAGUUUUAUUAAUACAUUUUAUUUUAUUUUUUACAUUAAUGAUAUUCAUUUUGAGAAUUAUUUAUUUAUAAAUAUUAUUUUGUUUUGUUUUGUGUUUCUUGAGAAUUUGGGUUACAAAUAUUCAUGAGAAUUGACUUAUUGUUCCUAAAAAUAUUAAACAAAAACUUAAAUGAUUUAUUUUAAUGUUUUUGCAUCAUUUUCAUAGUCAGGCACUUGCCUAAAUCUUUUUAUGCAUAAUUUUUAAAUAUGUUUUAAUUAACCAUUUUUGGGGGUCAUUCUUGGUAUGUGCUUAAUAUUCAUGGAAAUAAUGCCAAUGUGCACAAAGUCUUAAAGCUCCUCAAAAUAGGCUUCAUUUUCUUUAAGCAAAAUCAAAAUUCCUUGUUCUAUUUUUUUCUUUUGACUUUGUUGUCAGAUAUUCUCUGGCAGAAUUGUGAGCCCCAGAGACGGGACGAGCUCUCGCGUCUUUUCUUUGGCCCGGGGGCUGUUCUUCGUCCAGCUGGAGUCACACUCUCUCUACAGGAGCGAGCCUUUCUUUUGUCACACACACACAGCAGAUGGGAGACACACUUUAGUGUGUGUGUGAGAGGACACUCAACAUUUAACAAGAAGUGGUCAGGUUCUUCAUUAACAUCAGUCGGAUCGCUUGAGUUUCCUGUUCUCGUUCCAUCUCGGGCCGCGUUCCUGUUUAUAAUGUGUUAUAGUGUCCUUGAUAUUAUGCAUUAUUGUUAUUAUUAAUAUUACUCUUUCUUUUUCUCUCAAAGUCGUGUUUUUUUACAAACAACGUAUAAAUGUCCAUGUAAUAGGCUUCGUUUGUGAAAUGCAAGCGGAACACGAAUCAUCCGUAACGUUGUGUUGUUGAAUGAUUCACCUACUCGUUUUUCACGUGAGGUUUGCGUUUUUAGUCGUAGAUCUGUUGCACAGGAUUACUUUCGUUUUGCACUGUUUUAAGGCGAUUGCUUUAAAAAAAAAAGAAAAUGAAGAUAAAUGUGUAUGUAAAAGGUAAUGCAGGUUGUGGAGGAUUUCGAAUGUUAGUCGAACACUUUUUGCUAGAAUGAUUCGUAGAAUCAGGUUUUUUGGGAGAUAAUAGUGGCCUUGGAAACCCCUGCGAGUUGAAUCUCUAGCUGAUAGAAAGGCCUGUGCAGCAAAGACCAGUUUCUUUUUAUCGCACUGCGACGUUCAGCUUCCUAAAUAGACAAUGUGAGAUGUCGAAAAACAUAAAAAAUCAAGCAUGAAUCGAAAUGAAAUUAAACAACAAUGGCUGUUGAGUAUAUAAGCCGUUUUGCUGUGGUCGUUUUUUGCAAGUCGUUCUAUUUAAAACCAUUUACUUUGAAAUAAAUUUGUUUGCCGAGGAUGGUGGUCGAAUCUUUUAACGGUAUAUCUAGCUAUUACGUGUCAAUUUCUCUGGCUUUGACAACUGUGUGCAUUGAUAUUGAUUUAACACGAGCCAGUCAUCUAGUUAUAAAUACGCUACAGUACAUGUAAUCUUGUAAACGGCAUAUGAAUAUGAGUUUUAGACCAUGAGGAGGAACAUUGGAAGUGUUUUUGAACUAGUCGGUGGCCUCCAGCUUAAUUUAUGGGAGGAAACACACGCAGAACCUCGUGGUUUGCCGGCCGGUUUGGGGUUUGUGUAUUUUCUGUCUUGCAUCAAGAAUCCAUUAGAAAAGACGAAUGCACACAUGAGGGUUGAAUCUGGUCCAUAUUUCACCCUAAAUUUGAAAGGAAAAAUAUUUUAAUAUUUUGCAUGAAUAUUCAUGAUUUUAAAUAAAUUGAAGUUUUCUUCAUGCAAAAUAUGAUUUAGCAAUUUUUCCUUUCAAAUUAUUAUUUUUUUUUUGGUCAGAUUUCCCCUCAUAGAGUGAUUUAUCCAUGCAUACUGAAUAGCUGAUGCUCGGUGAGUGUGUGUUUGUCUUUCAAACAUGAUUUGGGUUGUUUUUUGUAUUUUAGAGUUUCCUUUGAUUUGCUCUCAGCAUCAUCAGGGUUGGUUUUAGGCUCCGCGCCAUUCAAGCAGCAGGCAUCAUGUGACCUUUGACUUCUUCAGUGUUGCGACCCACCAGACUAUUCAAUGCUGACCAUCUUCAUUUGCAUCUUAUUGUCAUGCAAAGCAGAUGUGGGAGCCUUGUCAGCUGACCAAACUGUAGAUCUGGACUCAUUCAAAGAUGUCAGCGAUUGUUUUGUUUUUUAUGCAAAUGAAAAUAAACUGAGGAGGAGUGUAA